UGACUCUCUCUCCCAGAAGUCUUUGCGAAACUGCAACGUAGCCGGAAGAUGGCGGAACUGUGAGAGACCGGACAGCGCGAUUUAUCAACACGGCGAUAACACAGCAGAGAUAUGGCGAGCCCCCGGACAAGGAAGGUGCUAAAGGAAGUCAGAGUGCAGGAUGAGAAUAACACCUGCUUUGAGUGUGGCGCAUUCAACCCUCAGUGGGUCAGCGUGACCUAUGGUAUAUGGGUGUGUCUAGAGUGUUCUGGGAAGCAUCGAGGGCUUGGGGUCCAUCUCAGCUUUGUACGUUCUGUAACAAUGGACAAGUGGAAGGACGUUGAGCUGGAGAAGAUGAAAGUUGGAGGAAAUGGCAAAUUUCGACAGUUUUUGGAGUCACAGGAGGACUAUGAUCCAUGCUGGAAUAUGCAGGAGAAAUACAACAGCAAGGCAGCAGCCUUAUAUCGUGACCGGAUCGCAACCUUGUCUGAAGGACGUGAAUGGUCAAUAGAAAAUUCAUCUGCUCAGAACUGGACUCCCCCUCAGCCAAAAGUAAUGGGUGGCUCCUCUUAUCGCACAUCCGCUGGAUCUGGCCAGCCUGGCGUAGCGCAAGGAGACAGGGCUUUUGAGGAUUGGCUAAACGAUGAUGUGAAUUCCUAUCAGAGUGGUGGAAGUGUUGGCAACCAGGAGAAUCGAUACGUGGGUUUUGGAAACACCGUUACUCCUCCUAAGAAAGAUGACGACUUUCUGAAUAACGCAAUGUCUUCUCUGUAUACGGGCUGGAGCAGUUUCACUGUUGGAGCCAGUAAAUUUGCUUCGGCAGCCAAGGAGAGUGCAACCAAGUUAGGAUCCCAAGCAACCCAAAAGUUUUGGGGAGGGAACAAGCAUCCGCCGGACUCGGCUUCUGAGCUAGGCCAGACACUUAAUGAAAAUGUUGUCAAACCAGCGCAAGAUAAGGUGAAAGAUGGCCGGAUCUUAGAAGAUGUCUCUACUGGAGUAGCCUCUUUGGCAGCCAAGGUGCAGGGUGUUGGCACUAAGAGUUGGAAAGAUAUGACUACGUUCUUCUCAGGCAAGAAUGAAGAGUCAGGAGACAGCUCUGCACAAGGAGAGGGUUACCAGUCAGCAGAUGGAGAAGGCUAUCAAAACACCAAUACUGGGAAAAGCUUUUGGGAGACGUUCGGCAGCUCUGAGGAUGUGAAAAAACCCUCGAAAUCACCAAGCGGUGACAGCUGGACCUUCCCAGAAAACUCGACGGGCAGGAAGAGCUCAGAUAGCUGGGAGGUGUGGGGGUCUGGGACCACCUCCAACAACAAGAACAGCAACAGCAACAGCGAUAGCUGGGAAAACUGGGACAGUCACUGGCAGGAGGAAAAAGGUGGCAAGGCAAAAGCACCUUCCACCGAGGACGGGUGGGACAAUGCCAACUGGUAGGGGAAGGGUUGCAGGGAUACAAAUGGGGCAGGCGGGGUACCAGCUCACAAUAACCCAAACAGUCCCUGCUUUACUCAUAUCACACCCCCGGUGAAAUACUGCAACCAGCGAUUCAAGGAGGAAUUGAAGUUAUCAUCUAGAAAGAUUGUAUGUUUCAACAACAGCUGGAGAAGGUCCCACCCGAGAUACUAAUUUUUGGGUAAAACAUCCCAAAGUCCUUACUGCUAAGCAUUUGUCAGGACUCUGGGAGCUGCCCAUUGAAAUGAUGGCUGGCAGGGUCUGUCCUGGGAUUUGGUGAUGUCUGGGAAAUUAAAAUGUAUUUUAUCUUACCCUGCUUGCCCCGACCCGUACCCUCUUAUCGUUCAAUAUUUCAAUGGAAGAUGAGUGAUGUAUUUGGGAGUAUCCUCUUCUUUGUCCCGAAUCCUUCCUCUGCGGGGUGUAGACCCUCAUUUUGUACUUUCAGGAAUAUUUGUGUCCGUUUUCUAGUGGGCAAUGUUUACUAUUGUCUUAUCACCCCUUGGAAGAAGUCAGAUCGACAUCAGCAUUAACCCUUCUCCACCCAUAUACCUCAGACCAGCCUUUAAUUUAUUGUGCUGCGCAACCUGCCUUCCAUAUCCCACAGACUCCCUAUUGAAUCACACGGACGUCUCCUGAAUUUUAACCUAGAGUAAUGAAGCAGUUUUAGGAAUUUUUAUUUGAUAUUCUCUUUCAUCCAGAUAGCUGUUCUUCUGGCAUUAUAAUUUAACCCUAAUAUCUCCGGGUUUGCCCUACGGACCCUAAUCCUCGAGGAUAUAGAUUACAAUGUGAUUGAGCCAUAUUGAACCUGCUACAGGGUGUUUUAAUUCCUCCCUCGUUUGCCCCAUAUUCCUUGGGUAAAACGGGAUCCGGGUAAACAACUAAUCACGAAAGCUGAAACUAGUUAUAGUAUAUUUCUCUCCAAGUGGAUUUGCACGGAUAUCCUUAAAUUCUAUGGCAAGGCCUUGCACACACAGAGUUAACAAUAAUUUGCACACAGUUGAGCAGGAAGGAUAAUAGAACUUUGCUUUAUCAUGUGACGGGUGGUUUGCAACCCUGUCUUAAAGAAAGAGCCUUUUAAAAUUGGGUAUUAUUAAAGAGUGAUAUUUUAAUGUAAUUACAAUAGAUGAUUAAAUAUCCACAGGGAGACACAGAUUUUUCCCGCUCCCUGGGGCUCCUCGAUUUAUGGCUUAUUACAGAUCAGAGGCAGAUAAUGUAGAUAGAAUGUAAUGCUUGUUUUACUGAGAUGCUGACAAUAUUUAUUAUAAAUGUUUAUGCUGGGAUACGUACCCCCCCUCCCCUGCUUCGUGGAACAUUCCAUUUAUUUAUACAGGGAGCUAGCUGGAUAUAGCGGGAGGAGGGGCACAGUCCGCUAGCAGAGUUUCAGCAGAAUUGGUGUUUUUCUUUUGAAUGAAUUUUGUUCGUUUAGUAUAUUUAAGGCAUUUAUUACCAGUUUGCCUGAUGAGCUUGCAGUUUAACCAGAUAAGUGUCACUAACAGUGGAUGUAGUGUGGCUUGUUUGUCACCACCAUCUAUAAAUUUAAAAGUAAGCUCACGCGACCCAAUACCAAUAAUGAGGUGACUUUAAGGGAGCUCGUAGAAUGACCGCUCACGUGAUCGAUGUAAAGCACUAUCAGAGCUGGUUUAUACCUCCUAGCCAGGCUCAUCAGGCAGUGUAUUCUAUUAUUAGCUAGAAUUUCUCUGUACAUUUUGAAGAUAAUCCCCUUGCUGCUCCCUAUGUCCUGAGUGUCAUACUGGAAAGAGUUAAUCCCACUCUGCAGUGUCACAUGACUAACAGCCAUUUACUAAGACAUGGAUCAGACCUCCACUGUCCUGCUUUAGUUGUUUACAGAAUUGUAUAUACGCUCCAGCUGUGAAUGUGUUUAUUAGCAGAGGUGGGAGUCAGUAAAGACGACACACCGAUAUUUAAAUAGUUACAGCCCGAGCCCUGAACGUCAUUCCAAGUACCGGUCUACCUACGGUGAGGCGUCCAAGGACCUUAGUUUCUGUCUCCCUUCAAUAUAUGGCACUGAGCUUAUUGCUGAUCGUGAACUUUCAGCUGUUUCCAUAACUAGUUUAAUUAGUUUCAGGUUUAUUCACUAAACUCAGAACCAAAACCAGACGGGAAAAAAAUCAUCUUCCCGCCUCCCGUGACAUCUUCCCGCUGAUGUGACCAAUCCUAUGCUUCUAAUACAGGAGAAUUGGGGACCUAUUGUGCAGGUGUGGCAAGCGCUGCGCACACAUUCAAACGUCCCCAUAGGAAAGCAGUGAAUCAAUGCAUUGCCAUCGUUGCCGCAUCAGUGCUGCUAGUUUUACUUUGUCUAGAGGUUGUCAUACUGACAGCCACUAGUGGUGGACGUAACCCUGCAAUGUCAACAUUACAUUCUCAUUCUCAUUGCACAGUAUUGGAGGGAUGUUUUAUAUUGCAGGGUGUAGAGGACACUGCACCCAGACCACUUCAGUGAGAGGAAGUGGACUGGGUGACUGUAGUGUCCCUUUAAUUCUCAAAAAUUCUGAAUUUAGUAACAAACCGCAUCCGUGGCCUGAGACCACGGUAUUUCCGUAAGCAGUGACACUUAGUGUAUUAUUCUUUAAACGGCACAUUAUUGAUCAAUUUGUAACAUUUAUACCAAAAUAAUAAUAAAAAAAACUCCAAUGUGGCCAAUGUUUGAUUAAAGCCUGGAUGUAAAAUUGUACAAAUCUGGUUUCUGUUCCUCUGCUCAAGGUUUGGGCAGUUCAUAUUCUGCUGGGGGUAAUGUCACCUGUACCUGCCUGCAGACUCCCAUUCUGUCCAUUCCUAGACUUUCAGUCUCGCUCCAGAGCUGGUUUUAUUUAUUGAUCCUCUAUGCUCCAAUGAACAGACAUGUAUUUUGUUGUAAAUGCAGCAAUUUUUCGGGGGCUGGGUUUGGAACCCCUGACGUGUUGUGCCCCAUAGUCUGCCUUUCUGGUGCCUGCGUUCAUGUGCUGUAUGUCAUUGUCCCCUGUCUGUGACACUUGUGAAAUCAGUGAUGUUUCUCUGGGAAGCAGAAAAUAAAACUGGUCAGAGAACAAA